AUGAUGAAAAUAGCCAAUGUAAGUACUCCAGAGCUCUUUGUGCUCAUGGGCUUCUCUUUCUCUGCACAGCCCUCACUGGAACCCGUCCUCUUCACUGUUGUCCUGGGGUUUUACAUCGUCUCUGUCUUGGGCAAUGGAAUCAUCGUUCUGGUCUCCUGUGUGGACAAGCAUCUCUGCACACCUAUGUACUUCUUCCUCGUCAACCUCUCCUUCCUGGACAUCAGCAUCAACACGAGCAUUGUCCCACAGCUCCUGACUAACCUCUGGGGACCUCAGAGAACCAUCAGCUAUGGAGGGUGUGUGACGCAGUUCUACAUCUCCCACUGGCUUGGGGCGACUGAGUGUGUGCUCCUGGCUGUCAUGGCAUAUGAUCGCUACGUGGCCAUCAGCAGGCCACUUCGCUACACUGUCAUCAUGAGUCCACGGUGUUGCAUUGUCCUGGCCUUCACCUCUUGGCUCGGGGGUCUGAGCACGAGUCUGGUGGGCUCCACACUCACCGUGCUCCUGCCUCUAUGUGGGAACAAUCGCAUCUACGACUUCUUCUGUGAGAUGCCCCUUAUCAUACAGCUGGCCUGCGUGGACACCAGCCUCAAUGAAGUGGAGAUGUACCUAGCCAGUUUCAUCUUUGUAGUCUUGCCCCUGGGUCUCAUCCUGCUUUCAUAUGGCCAUAUUGCCCGGGCUGUGCUGAAGAUCAGGUCAGCAGAAGGGCGGAGGAAGGCGUUCAACACCUGCUCCUCCCACAUGGCUGUCGUGUCUCUGUUCUAUGGAAGCAUCAUCUUCAUGUACCUGCAGCCGGCCAAGAGCAACUCUCACGAGCAGGGAAAGUUCAUAGCUCUCUUCUACACUGUAGUCACCCCCGUGCUAAACCCACUGAUCUACACCCUGAGGAACAAAGAUGUGAAAAACGCUCUCAAGCACAUUAUGUUAGAGAACUGCUGUGGUUUUUCAGGGAAGUAG